AUGGCUACAGUUACAGUAUCAACGUCUUCUGAAAAGGAAUUUGCCUCAUCAUAUCUAACACUCUUGUCACUUGGUGAGACCAAGUUUCCAUCUGAUUACAAGAAGGACCUCAAAGACGUGAGAGGGCUUGGUGUUAAACUUCCAAAUUUACCUAUAGCUAAGAAGUCCGAUUCUUCUAAACAUAGUGCAAUAUCCAAUGCUACUUUACAUGACUGUGUCUUCAAGUCUAUUAAAGAACCAAAGUUCAACGUCACAUUACAAGUGAAGUCGACUGAUACAAUCUAUCAAGUUAAAACUGAUCUUUGCAAAUCCGUUCAGGCUGACGUUGGCUCACUAGAACCAUCACAGAUAAAAUUGUUGCUGAAGGGUAAAGUUAUACACGAUUCAUCAUUGAUUAGUGACAUUGCACAAGAUGAUAAUAGUGAGGUCAAAUUUACUGCGAUUGUUGGAACACCAUCGACUACCCCAGCGCAGGUCUCUACACCUGAGCCAGAAGAAUCAACCGAAGUUGCCAUUCCAUGGAAUGAAAUUGAACAACUCUUAAAGUCCAAGGGUAUAGACUCCAAAGCGAUAAUCCAAAGACUACAAGAUGGAUGGGAACUUACUAAAUAA